AAAAGAAGAUCACCUUCAUAUCAAAUGUCAAAGACCCAAAACUCCAAAACAUAACCUAAAACCUAACUUUUAUAAUAGGAUAGAUAUACUAUUAAAAAAAUGUUAAAUAUAAUAAAAGUGUUACCAAAAUUAAACUCAAAAACAACACAGUUACUUACAAAGGUGCCAAAAUUUGCAAAUUACAGAAAUGUAUCUACAACUGCAAUAAAUAAAACUGAUUCACAACAAAAAAUAACUUAUACAACUGUGUAUAAGUUUCCUUAUAUUAGACCGUUUUCAGUACUAAAUCGAUUAAAGUUUUACCAGACUGUUUUAACUGGCAUAGCAGUUCCCACUUCAUGUAUGUUAAAUCAGUUAAAUUUUAUCUCUACUGGGGCAUUUCAAGUAAUUUGUUCAUUAGGUUUAUCUGGAUGUUUGACUUUGUAUGGAUUAGGAUAUCUUACUAUAAAAUUCAUAGGUUUCAUUUAUUAUAAUGAACAGAAUAAUCUUGUGAAAAUAUCAUAUGUAGAUUUUUGGGGAUGGCGAAAGGAUAUUGAAAUCUCAGCUAAAGAUGUUGUGCCAAUAAAUGAACUGCCAACGUCUGCUACUGAUGGUCUGUUUUUAAAAAUCAGGAGAUACUCGACUAAAGAGAUUUUAAAGCUAAACUUUCAAUAUGGUAUUAUAGUAGAAAAAGAAUUAAUAAAAAAAAUUUUGUAAUGACUAUGAUAUAACCUCAUUAAAAUUCUCCUGUGUUGUCAGAUAUGAAUGAUAUUUAUUUAUAUUCUAAAAUUGAGUGGUAAUUAUAAAUUAAUUUAUUGCAAUUUUUGAGUUUACAUAGAAUAAUAGGGAGUGUUAGGAUGUGGAAUAAGAACAGAGUGUAUUUAUUUAUUAAAUGUAAAACGAACAACAAGAAUAUUUUUAAUUACAUAAUAUGUAAACAUUACUCAAAAAUGAUAAGCAUAAUUACUACUCCAGACAACUUUAUUAAACCCAAUUGACAAUUAUAUUAACUUUUUUACAUGUAUCAUAAAACAUGACAGACAGGUUUGCAACAUCAAAAUAUAAUCUGACAUCCUCCCUCAAACCUGUUAAUCUUCACCAAAAGAACAUUUUAAUCUAAAAAUUUUAAAUUUAACAUAUUCAUAAAGUUACUGAACUCCUGAUGACCCAAAAAUAUCGGCGAACUAUUCGUUGGUACAAACAGGAUAUCAUUAAAAAUCCUUUGCUUAUUAGGUCUACAAUAAAAUGAAAACUUUAAUAUUACACCUUCUAUUAUUUUCAAAGUUUUG